AUGCUUGGCGAUACGAAACAGCAAAAAUAUACAAUUACAGGAACUACUUUAAAAGGUUCCAACCAAGGAUUAACAAAGAUUCCAAUAGUUCCAAAAGCAAAAACUAUUCAGAAAUUAUUUCUAUCUAAUAACGACAUAACAUCGCUAGAAGGAAUUGAAAAUUAUACAAAUUUACAAGUUUUAUCACUCGGUUGUAAUCAAAUAUCAAAACUUAGUGACAUCCGUUAUCUUGAGCAGUUACCUUUACAGAAUUUACAGUUAGAAUGUAACCCUCUCACGCAUUUACCAUAUUAUAGUCAUCUUGUUGUUAGUUCUAUUCCUUCUCUAUUAAUGCUUGAUGGACAACGCAUCGAUGAAACGAUCAGACAAAGAGCUAUUUCAACACACACAAUGGACAUACAGAUGCUUGAUCAAUUAUGUGCAAAUGAUCUAAAAAUUACUGAGCUUGAACAAUUUAUCCAAGAUAUCAAGAAUCCUGGGCAACAAUUUACGCAAGCUUGGUUCAUGAAUGUCAAAAAGGCAUUAAAUGCUUCUUCAAUCCAAGAUUAUGAUAUUACAGAAGAAGAAAAGAUCGAGAGAUAUGAUAUUCUUCGUGAGCAAGCACUUCAAGAAAAAGAAACAAGUAAAAAGAAGUGGAGUGAUAUAUAUAAAGAGAUAGAUAAUAUCCAAUGCAAUGUUAUCUCAAACUAUACUGAAGAAAUCACAGUAUUUCUCCAAGAUUUCAGAAACAAACUCUCCAAAUCACCAAAAUCAAGCGCAUCAACGCCUCAGAGAGAUUCAUUCUUACUUUCUAAAACUCAACGUAUUAGUCCUUCUCCUCAGCCAAGAUCUCCACUAAUCAUUGAAGAAGAACCAUAUUCAAGCGUUCCGCUUUUCUUUUCUAGACUUGUUAAUAACCGUCUUAAAAGAUCAGUUCUUAAAGCAUGGAGAGGUUCAUCAAUUAAAAGAGAUUACGAAGUUAUUGCAGAAAAAUUUUAUAAAUCUCGCCUCGAAAAAGUUCUUCUUCAAUCAUUUUACAGAUGGAGACUUUCAAUAUCUCGCCAAGUAAAGAAUCAGGAACAUAUUCCUUCUUCAUCAUCUCAAAGACCAAAGAAAUUAGUUAUAAACAAAACAAUCUCGAUCGGAAUUUCAUCAAAAAGAAACAUUCCAUCUACACCAGAAAACAUUGAAUUGCUUGAAGAAGCCCAGAGGUUAUCUGCUCUUGUUAGUGAACUUCAAACUCAGCUCGAUAUGGCCAAAGAAGAAGCAAAAGAAGCGACAUUAGCACUCGAAGAAUCAGUGAAAAGGGAAACAAAAGCUAAAAAUGAAUGUAAGAGGUACGAAAGGAUUGCAAAAGAUUGCGAAAAUCAUAUGAAACAAACAGAAAAGCGCUAUGAAGAUGAAGUUCUUCAGCUCAUGCUUCAGCAGCGUUUGAAAUACGACGGAAUUGAUAAAAAGACAGGUGAAUUAGAAAAGGAAAAUCAAAACAUCAAAAUGGAAAAUGAAGCUCUUAAUGCUUACAUCAAAGAGAUGAAAGAGAAGAGUGAGCUAGAAAUAAAUGACUUGAAGCAAAAACUCAAUACAGCAUUCGAAGUUGCAGGUGGCCUAAGAAAGAAAGUUUCUAAGCUAUCAAUGCUUCAAACUCCAUCUCCAGUUAACAAACCAUCUGACAAUUCAAUGAGUCCAACAUAUGGAUCUCCAGCAGAGCAGGGGAAUUAA